AUGAAGGAGAACUAUUCAAAGUGCAAAUUCGCUAUAAAAGUUAGUUAUAGGCACCGAAUAGAGAGCUGCACUCUCGAAGCGGCCGCCGAAUGCUGUGGAUUUAAAUGGGUUUGCCUGCCGCCUGGAGGUCAGAAAAAACCUUCAUGGUGGACACGAGAAGUAGAAAUGGCACUAAAACAGAAGGCAGCGUUCAAAAAAUGGCUUGGAAACAAAGGGCCUUCUAUACGCAUGCCAUAUGUCGCAGUACGCAAGGCGGCCGUGGAAUUAGUGGCGAACGCCGAAACUGAUUCCUGGGAGAAGUUCGGUGAGGUGUUGGAGUGUAAUUUCCAGAUGACAAACAAGAUAUUCUGA